AUGUUUUAUGGAUGUCUGCUUUUAAUCGGAAACUUCUACCUCUUUGUUAAUUUCAUUCAAGAGUCGACGCCUUACACUAUUGAGGAGUUGCUUAGCUUUGUUCUAUGUUUCUUUGGAGGUUUUGGAAGUAUAAUUGUACUUUUUAAAUUACAAGAGCUCAACAGCUUGAGUCAAGAUAUAUUGUCAUUUCUUUUUAAAUGUCCAAUCAGCAAAUUAAAUAAACUGGAAUCAGCACAAGUGGAGAUGCUUAUUGCUACUUUGACUUUACAGAAACCGGAAAUCAAGAUUUCCGACAUAUUGACUGUUGGUACAGGACUACUCGCAUCGAUUUCAGGAACGGUACUCACCUAUGUCCUUGUAGCACUACAGUUUCACGCCAUUUGGUCUACUAAAUAAAACUUAAUUUUUUCACUGUACACCGUUAUUGACCAUUUAUAAAUUUCGAAAAUUUCGAAGUUAAGAACACACAGAAUUACUAUAGGUAGUGAUUUUUUUUACAAUGUAGAAUAAAUUUAUAAUUUUACCAAAAUAAAUGAAAUUGUAGGGCAACUAGUACAUACGUAAAUGAAGCAGAAAUAACCUAAAAAUUGAUUACUAUAACAAUUAAAAUA